CUCCAGAAUGACCGGGAUAAGCCGCGGAUAGAGACUGGGGAUUUCGAACCCCAAACUUCAUUCCGUGGCAUGCGAUCUCACCUACCGCGGGAACACUUCCGCCGGAUGCCGUCCUUUGCACUCUGAUGCUAGCACAGCUCGAAUGCCAUAGGAGGCGACCGUCUGUAGUUUUCUCGGCCCAAUGGCUUCCCUCUUUCGAGCUGUUGCCCCGUUAAUUCGGCCGGCAAAGCCGUCCACCUUGAUUUGCGCACAGUGCCGCCGCUCCUUUGUCUCGAGCCCAAGCUUACAGUCCGGCCACAAUAAAUGGAGCAAGAUCCGCCAUGACAAGGCGGCCAACGACGCCAAGAAGAACGCCACGCGAUCCCUCUUCACCAAGAACAUCGCGUUGUACUCCAAGCUCUUUGGCCCCGACCCGAACCACAACCCCCAGCUAGCCAACGCCAUCGCCGCCGCCAAGAAGAGCGGCGUGCCCAAGGACCGGAUCGAGGCGGCCAUCGCUCGCGGACAGGGCAGAUCGUCCGAGGGCGCGGCCCUCGAGUCGGUCACGUUCGAAGCGAUGAUGCCCCCGUCGAUCGCGCUCAUCGUCGACGUCGAGACCGAGAAGAGGCUGCGCGCGCUGCAGGACCUCAACCACAUGGUCAGGAAGGCAAAGGGGUCAGUUACCUCGUCCAAGUUCUUCUUCUCGCGCCUCGGCCGCGUGGUGUUUGAAAAGGGCGAGAGCGGGCUGGACGUGGACCAGAUCAUGGACGAUGCGAUCGAGGCCGGGGCCGAGGAUCUCGAGAACGAUGAGGACGGGAAUAUCGUGGUCUGGACGCAGCCGACGGCGACCACGCAGGUGUGCAAGGCGGUGGGGGACAAGUUCGGGCUGAAGAUCCUGAGCUCGGAUAUCAUCUGGACAGCGAAUGAGGACACCAAGACCAAGCUGGAUGCUGGGCAGGAUAUGGUGAACUUCGUGGAGUUGUUGGAGGCACUGCGCGAGUACCCCGAGGUUCAGGCGGUGUAUUCGAAUGUUUCGAGGGGGUCUAUGAGCGACGAGGAAUGGGCGAAGAUAGAGCAACAUCUGGAUGAAUAGAAGAACCCCGGGGAUAUAAAUGGGACAUGUGCGAGCACACCGGAGGACACCUAGAUAUAGACCGGCCACCCCAUAGAUGUACUUUUAAUGUACAAACAUAGAACAUGCACCCAGCCGGUCGCCGUGUAGCUGGAGAGACGAGAGAA